AUGUAUGUGAAAAAUGCUCUCCAAACUGAAAAAGACAAAACCGAGCUUGAUGAGGAAUGCAGCAAAUGUGCUGAUUAUAUCCUGAUCUCUGACACAGGAGAAUGUAAAAUGAUUUCUAAUGCUACUCUUGUUUGCAUAAAUGAGCUGUGCUUUAAUCAUGCUGCUGCUGCUGUGACGUCAGGAAAGGACUUGGCCGCGGUGCAGAGGACUCUCAUGGCUCUUGGCAGCCUCGCCGUUACUAAAGAUGAGGGCAGCUUCCGUGGAGAUCCCAGCUGGUUCUUCAAGAAAGCUCAGGAGAACCGGAGAGAUUUCUCUGAUGACCAGCUGAAAGAAGGGAAGAGUGUCAUAGGUCUGCAGAUGGGGUCCAAUAAAGGGGCGACCCAGUCCGGCAUGACGGGCUACGGCAGACCUCGACAGAUCAUGAACCCAUGAGCCAAGCACUCGCCAGUCCUUCCCUCGGUUCCCUGAGCGUCCCAGCUGAUCAGAGCAACAUUGUAAUAAAUAUAGACUCCACUCAGUACUAAAACAAGUUUCCACACCCAGUGUCAGUCCCUACUUGUAUGAUAUUUGGUCUAAUUAAAAUGUUCUUUGUUGAACAGAGUAGAAUUGAGCGUUUCAUCUGAGUGCAACAUGACUGACUGUGCGGUCUAACCUUCAGCUAUCUGCAAAUCAACAUCACAUCAAAAUGAUCCCUAUUUACUCCUAUUGUAGUGCAUGUUAAUGCAAACAAAAUUUAACUUGCUCUACUUAUGAAACGUCUUGUCUUUUAGGCCGAUUUCACUGAUCAAGCUUAUAUUUCACUACCUGUCAUACAGAAAGACUUCUUAGCAACCAAUCAAUUCCUCAAAGUCAGCUUCACUCGCCUCAGAAAUGAACUGGCAUGCUAUCAACAUUUUGUGUUGAUUUUAAGAGCUCGUCUAAAAUCACAUAACACUGUAACCCAUGCAGACAUACUAAAACACUUUCCCUUUUUGUUUUUAUUCAAACCUCAUCUGAGUUCUUGUUCACAAGAAUACCACACUUCAGUGUAAAAAAAAAAAAAAGAAAGAAAAAAAGGCUAGAUUCAGUAAAACGUCUGCAGGUGAGCAGACCUCCAGUUUAAAUGAUCUCUUCCCGUCUUUCAAAA